UUCCGGGUGUUCUCGUCCACCAGGGUGUGGAAGAGUCUGCCUUCACAGCCCUGCUGGAGUCUGUCAACAGGGAAGUGUCAAGAUGGCCCCGAGUGGACUAAAAGCGCUCGCAAACGAGAAAAUCCUCAGUGGCGUCAUCAAGAGUGUGAAGAAAGAUGGAGAAUGGAAGGUUCUCAUCGUGGAUCACAUCAGUAUGCGGAUUCUGUCCUCUUGCUGUAAGAUGUCUGACAUCAUGGCGGAGGGCGUUACAAUUGUAGAGGACAUUAACAAGCGGAGGGAGCCGAUCCCUAGUCUGGAGGCCAUUUACCUCAUCUCCCCUGUGCCAAAGUCAAUUCAAUCUCUAAUCGGUGAUUUUCAAAGAGACAGCCUCACAUACAAAGCAGCACACAUCUUCUUUACAGACACUUGUCCUGAUGGGCUUUUUGCUGAGAUCGGGAGGUCGAAGGUUGCCAAGGUCAUCAAAACCCUGAAGGAAAUCAAUGUGGCUUUCAUACCGUACGAGUCUCAGGUGUUUUCUCUGGACAACCCUAGUUCCUUCCACACGUUCUACAGCCCAACUCAGACGAAUCUAGACGACAGGGCCAGGAUGAUGGAGGCCAUGGCCGAGCAGAUCGCCACACUCUGUGACACACUGAAGGAAUACCCAGCCAUCCGCUACCGCCAGGGGCCAAAGGAGAAUUUCACCCUGGCUGAGAUGGUGAUGGACCGUCUGAAUGCACAUAAAGCAGACAAUCCCAGUAUGGGAGAGGGCACAGAUAAAGCUCGCUCCCAGCUACUUAUAGUGGACCGUGGAUAUGAUCCCGUCUCUCCAAUCCUGCACGAGCUCACCUUUCAGGCUAUGGCUUACGAUCUGCUGGACAUCGAGCAAGACAUUUACAAGUAUCAGACGGCAGGGAUCGGCGAGGCUCGAGAGAAGGAAGUGUUGCUGGACGAGGACGAUGAGUUGUGGGUGCAGCUUCGGCACAUGCACAUAGCAGACGUCACCAAGAAAGUGACGGAGCUGCUGCGCACCUUCUGUGAGAGCAAGAGGAUGAACACAGACAAGGCCAACAUCAAAGAUCUGUCUCAGAUGCUGAAGAAGAUGCCACAGUACCAGAAAGAACUAAGCCUGUACUCCACUCACCUGAACCUCGCUGAUGCCUGCAUGAAGAAGUUCAAGAACACAUUAGACAGGCUCUGUGUGGUGGAGCAGGACUUGGCCAUGGGUUCAGAUGCUGAGGGGGAACCGCUCAAAGAUGCUAUGAAGAGUAUCGUCCCUGUUAUGCUCAACACCGAGAUCGAACCCUACGACAAAAUCCGCAUCAUACUGCUUUACAUUUUCCAUAAGAAGAAGGGCAUUGGUGAAGAGAACCUCACAAAACUCAUCCAGCACGCAAACGUGCAGAAGGACAGUGACAUCAUCACCAACAUGCAGGUCCUGGGCUGCCCCAUCAUCGCUGGGGGCACUAAUUCUGGUAAGACUCUGCCCGACAGGAAAGAACGCACAGAAUCCACAUAUCAGCUCUCCCGGUGGACGCCCAUCCUGAAAGAUGUGAUGGAGAACAUCAUUGAUGACAAGUGUGACAGAAAGCUGUGGCCGUUCCUGUCUGAUCCCGCCCCCAUCACCACCACCACAUCAACUACAGUCAGCAGCGCACGGUUUGGACACUGGCACAAGAACAAGUCUGCCACAGAGUACCGCAGCGGCCCUCGCCUCAUCAUCUAUGUGAUCGGCGGCGUGACCCAUUCUGAGAUGCGCUGUGCUUAUGAAGUGACCCGGGCCACCGAGGGCAAGUGGGAGGUUCUGAUUGGAUCGUCUCACAUUAUCACUCCAACCAGCUUUCUGAACGACCUGAAGGAUUUGGACAAGCCUGUAGCCGUUUAG